AUGGAAGAACAUGAAAGUGAGGUCCUCCAAGUUGAAUGUGGCAUGGAAUGCUCUCUGCUAGGUGAACAAGAGCAAAGACAUUCAGCAGGUACUCAUAUUAAGUUGACUAUCAUUAUGGUAGAUGCUAUUUAUAAUGAAAGUUAAUAAUAUACAUGAAAAAUUUUCUUGAAUAUGAUUGGCUUAGAGCAGUUGGCUAAUAAACAUUAAUAGAAAAUAAAUAUCAGAACCAAUCGAGUGCCACAAUUUGCUGGCGGAAAGCAAUAGCAUAUUUCAUUUUACCCUUUUUCGUGUAUUCGUGUAAUUGAUUGUGCUUUGUUGUCUUCCCUAAAUAAUCUUUCCUUUUUCCUUUAACACUUUUUUCUUUACAUUUAUUUUAUAUGAAUCCGCGUGAUUAUUUUUAUUUAUUUAUUUAUUGCGGGUUGUGUGUUAUGUUAUAUUUGUAACCAAGAUUUUGAAAUAUAUAAAUAAAGGUUUGACUGUGUGUGUGUUUGACAAAUAUGGGAAUGUUAAAACUUUCAUAAAAUUAUAUAUUUUUUAACAUGGACUCAAAAAAGCAGCUAUAUAAUUCAUUGAUUAGGCCUUUUCUCGUGUAUUUCAAGUGUUGUUGUUGUGGUGAAAAAUAGCCAAAUAGAGAAAUAGUCAAUACAUCAUGUCUGUGCUUAAUUGUCUUGACUGGUUUGUAGACGUUUUUGUUUUGUUUGCAUUUGAUUGUGCAUGUUAUGAGAAAACUUACCUUAAAUUUGUGUUACUUUGACUUGCACACAGUUAAAAUACUCCAAGUUCAUAAAAAGAUACAGUCGACUCCCGAUAAUUCGAUCCUUCAAGGGAAACAGAAAAAAGUUCGAGUUAUCAGGAGUUCAAGUUAUCGAGGGUAAAAUUAUAUAGAAAAUGUUCUGAAGGGAAAUGAAAAUUGCUUCGAGUUAGUUUGAGGUUCAAGUUAUAGGGGGUUCAAGUUACCAGGAGUCUACUGUAUUAUGUUUUCUGAUUAUAUUUGUUGAUUAAUUGAUUGGUUGGGUAACUCCGAUUAUUUUUGAUGACUGAUUUAUGAAAUCUCAGUCAAUACCACCACUUAGAAAAUUAUUCUCAAGCCUUGUUGUAUUACCAGGUAUCUAAAGUUUGAAAAGUAUAAAUACUGUGUAUUUUCUUUUUGAAGUCAGGUUUUGACAACACUUCCACAGAUACAGCAUAUUUGUAAAAAUACUAAUAAUACUUGUACAGCUACAUAAGCAUGAGUUCUAGGGUGCAAAGUUUUACAGCUUGUCAUUUGGGCAGGCUGUACCUUGCAUCUACAGCUGUAUUAGCCCAGCCCUCACAACUUUAUUAUGUUUCUCCUGUAAUUGAAUACCCCCCAAAACUUCACUUAUCCUUCAAGCAAGAUGAAAAGUAGAAUCCACUAUCCCCAUACCUUAUAUUAAUUAAUGUGUAGUUGGUAAAUACAAAUAAUUCAUUCACCAGGAGAAGAGUUGGAAAGGGACACUCCUGUAGUAGAAAAUGGCCCAAUUGAGGGAGCAAGCAAUUCACAGGGAUCACAGCAACCUCUUCCAGAAGAAAAUAAUUGUAGCCAGUUAGAAGAUGACCGUCUCAUUGCUAGAGCAAGGGCAGUUGGUGUGGACUAUGAGUUUGCAAAGCCUGGUGUAGUGGAAACAGAGGAUGACAGGAGAAAAAGAAAGCGGCGAAACCAAAGACGAAUAUCAGAACAAGAGAAAAGGUUGCGAGAAGUUGUUGGAGAUCUACCGCCACCUCCACCAGCAGGUUCAAGUCAGCAAGAAGAUAAGGCGUACAGUGCUAUUCGUGCAUUUGAGGUGGAGCAGAUGACUUACGCAUUCAGUUUUUGUGAGGUCUGUAAGGAA